CUCACCGUGGAGUGCGGACGUUGGCUUGCUGAUAGGAUUUUGUAUAAAACCUGCGGCCGCGGAAAGCAAACUCAAUCGCGUGACGAUUCCUGACACGAGACAAAAGCGGUUGACCAGUCGUUCUUCAAAGUGAUCAGUAAUCGUUCCGCUUAAGUGAUAAAUAAAUGUGUUUGUGAUAAAAUGGACGGUCAAGAAAAUUCUUUAGCGCCGAGUAAUGGCACAACGGUCGCUGUUACUAACGGAAUUUCCGGAUCUCCUGAAACGAAGCAAGACCCGGAAUUGGCUGCACAAACAUACGUUAAAAAAGAGGGCGAUGAACCCGUGGUUAAAGCAGACCAACCGCAGCGUGCGAUGUGGGGCAACCAAGUGGAGUUCCUGAUGUCCUGCAUCGCCACAUCGGUUGGGCUGGGCAACGUGUGGCGGUUCCCCUUCGUGGCCUACCAGAAUGGAGGCGGGGCCUUCUUGAUUCCUUACAUAAUCGUCUUACUCCUCAUCGGCAAGCCCAUGUACUACCUGGAGUGUAUCUUGGGACAAUUCAGCACGAGAAACUCGGUCAAAGUCUGGUCAUUAUCACCUGCUAUGAAAGGAACGGGAUAUGCCCAGGCGCUCACUUGUGGCUACAUCCUAUCAUACUACGUGUCUAUUAUCGGGCUUUGUCUGUUCUACUUCGCCAUGAGCUUCCAGUCCACGUUGCCGUGGGCGGUGUGCGACGAGGAGUGGGUGGAGCUGUGUCUGCCCUCAGACCCUACACUAGCCAGUCAAAUCACGUUCAAUACAACCAACGCAACCAGUAGCGCAGAACUAUAUUUUUUGAAAAGAGUACUAAGGCAGAAGAAUGGAAUUGAAGGUGGAUUGGACGCACCGAUUUGGGAUUUGACUCUAUGCUUGCUAGCGUCAUGGGUGAUCAUCUUCGUGGUGGUGGCCAGAGGUGUAAAGAGUUCAGGGAAGGCCGCUUACUUUCUCGCGCUGUUCCCUUAUAUCGUCAUGAUCAUUCUCCUUAUCACCACCUGCUUAUUGCCGGGAGCCGAUAAGGGAAUCCUUUUCUUCAUUACUCCUCAGUGGGGGAAACUUUUGGAACUUGAUGUAUGGUAUGCGGCAGUGACACAACUUUUCUUCUCACUCUCCGUGUGCACGGGUGCUAUUAUUAUGUUCUCCUCCUACAACGGAUUUAGACAAAAUAUUUACAGGGACGCGAUGAUAGUAACGACGCUGGACACGUUUACGAGUCUGCUGUCGGGGGUGACAAUCUUCGGCAUCCUGGGAAAUCUGGCGCACGAGCUCAACCAGGACGUGAGCCAGGUCGUGGGCUCCGGUGGCACCGGCCUAGCCUUCAUCUCCUACCCUGACGCCAUUGCUAAAACUUUCAUGCCUCAGUUGUUCGCAGUGCUGUUCUUCCUGAUGAUGUCGGUGCUUGGCGUAGGAUCUGCGGUGGCGCUUAUGUCCACCAUCAACACGGUCAUGAUGGACGCCUUCCCGCGCGUCCGCACCGUCUACAUGUCGGCUCUGUGCUGCACCAUCGGCUUCUGCAUCGGACUGAUUUACGUCACACCGGGAGGUCAAUACAUAUUGGAGCUUGUCGACCACUAUGGUGGAACUUUCCUGGCACUUUUCUGUGCUAUUGCUGAAAUUGUUGGAGUUUUCUGGAUAUACGGCUUGGAGAACGUAACAUUGGACAUCGAGUUCAUGCUUGGUAUUAAGACAUCGUUCUACUGGCGCAUGUGUUGGGUCUUCAUCACACCGGUCAUGAUGAUAAUAGUGUUCAUCUACGCACUUGUCACUAGUGAGGCACUAAAGUUUGGAGCCGAUUACUACUACCCUACGGCUGGAUAUGUGUCUGGAUAUUUGAUGUUAAUAGUUGGUAUUUUAUUUGUACCAAUUUUCAUGGGCAUCACCAUUUACAAAACUAAGUCUAUAAAGAAGUCUUUCUCCGCUAAAUCUACUUGGGGGCCAAUGGACGAGGCGACUCGGGAAGAAUGGAGGUUGUUCAAGAGCGACGCCAAGACAGAGCGACAAAAAAUGUAUACGUCACGUGGCAGACAUGUUUGGAACAUUCUUACUGGUGGAUACCGACGUAACAAGUAACCAAAGGUAGCGUUUAAUUUGUUAAAUAAGUUCUUCGCUUCGGCGUUUUGUGAUGAUAUGUUUGAACUUAGUUGGUUCAGAUCAUAGGUAGUUAUAUUGUUAAGUAAGUACAUUAAUUUAUUAAACUUUUAUGUAAUAUUGUGAUUCCGUAGAGGAGACCUACGUAAGAAUAUAUGCCAAUAUAAUAAAAGAAUAUCAUGUAUAUAAUUCACUGUACGUAAACUUAAUAUGAAGCUUAAAUAUUAUUGUAAGUAUUAUACGUAUAUGUAGGGCUGCCAUCCGUCCGGGUUUCCCCGGAUUUGUCCUAGUUUACGGGGCGUCCGGGGAGCGUCCGGGCGGGGUUUCAUUUGUAGUCCGGGUUUAAAAAUUUCCUGUUUUGGGUUGCCAACUAAUCCGUCAAUUUAAAUGUCUUUGAAAAUAAAUAAAUCUUUUCUCUUUCAAAGAUCAGGGGGUCCUUCGCUUAACGUAAAUACUUUGGAAAACGCUAACGCUUUCGAUUUCAUUUUGUUAUUUCUGACCGCCGAAGGUUUUCAAAUACCUCACUCUCAUUUUCUUCGAUAUUGUUAU